CCCCCCCCCCCCCCCCCAACAAAAAAAAAAAAACGCUGUGUUUUAUUCGUGAGGAGAGAGUGCCCCCAAAUGGAGCUUUUCCUUUCUGCAGUGCUGAGUGACCUAGCCUCUAGAUCCAUAAAUUUCAUCUUCAACAAGUGCUCGAAGCUGCCAUCGCCUGCUGUGGAGGAUAGCCUGCAAAGGGCUCUCCUCCGGGCGCAGGUCAUCGUCGAUGAGUCCAUGCGGCGGCACAUCACAAACCAAGCCAUGCUCCAGCAGCUGAACAUGCUGAGAGACACCAUGCACCAGGGCAAUUAUAUGCUUGACAUCUUUAGAUGCAAACCUGAUGAUGAUGAGGAGGAGGAGGACACCAAGCAUAAGAUUGUGAGUCACCCUUUAUUACUGAAUUCCAGAGUAAACUGUGUCAGAGAUUUCUUGUCCAGUAGAACAAGUGCACAAAUUUUGAAAGAAAUGCAGCAGGUGCUUGAUCGUUUGAGCUCCAUGAUCCAUGAUGCAAAUGAACUGGUCCUGUUCUUAGCAAGUUAUCCCCCAAUGUACCGUCAACCAUACAGCAUGCAUCUACUGCUGGGUAACUGCAUGUUUGGCCGCCAGAUGGAAGCGCAGCUUGCCAUCAACUUCCUGUUGCACACACGAACUCAUGGUGCUGAAGAACUUGAGGUCCUGCCGAUCGUCGGUCCCUACCAAGUCGGAAAGAGAACACUUGUUGCUCAUGUUUGCAAGGAUGAAAGAGUCCGUGAUUAUUUUUCAGAAAUUGUGUUAUGGACCGACGACCAUGAAUUCAGGGACGAAAAAAUAACCAUUCCUAGAGAAGGUCAUGAAAAUAUAUUUCAAAAUUGCGCACCAAACAAAGAAGGGAGAAUACUAGUUAUUGUUGAGUUAGCUGCAGACUUCAAUGAAGUAGUGUGGAAGAGGCUGUAUUCUGCUUCCAAACGAUGCCUACCAAGUGGUAGCAAAAUCAUAGUGACAAGCCAGUCUGACAAGGUUGUAAAGUAUGGAACAACAAGAGCUCUAACUCUGAAUUAUAUGUCACAAGAGGAGUACUGGUAUUUUUUCAAGAUACUUACAUUUGGUAGCGUGGAUCCUGAGAUGCACCCGAGGCUUACACAGAUGGCUAUGGAGAUAUCCAGAAUGCAUAAUUGCUGCUUUAUUGCCGCACACCUCGUCUCUUAUUUGUUGAGGGACAAUUUUGAUAUCCAUUUUUGGCACAAGGUCCUGAUCUUCCUGAAAGAAUACAUCCAAAAUCAUGUUUCCAAAUUCGGCGAGGGUCCAUUUGAUGAUCGGAACCAAAGUAAACCAGUAGUGCAGAUAAUUCUUUGA